UACAAUACAGUUGAUCGGACGUGCCUAUGCAAUGUCAGGGUGACUUGUGUUCCCGGGCGUAUUACAUACAUCACCUCGCUGUACAGCUUUAACACUCGGCCGAGCUAGACGAUACUCCAUUAUGCCAUCCUACAAACUUCACUACUUCAAUGCUAGGGGAUUCGCAGAGAUUUCACGUCUCCUUUUUGCCGCGGCUGGGGUAGAGUAUGAUGACAUUCGCUACGAUAGGGUGUCAUGGCCUGAAGCAAAAACACAUAUGCCCUAUGGAGUGGUCCCCGUCCUGGAGGUCGACGGCGAGAGGAUUUGCCAGAGCUUUGCCAUUGCUAAAUAUCUUGCAAGAACGUUUGGGUUCAAUGGCAGCAACUCAAUGGAAGAGGCAAAGAUUGAUGAAAUGAUAGAACAUACACGAGACAUGAUGAAAGACUUUAUGGGUGUACAUUUCGAGAAGGAUGAGGACAAAAAGAACGAACUCCUGAAAGAGAUGCAGGAGGUGAUAUUGCCGAAGCAUUUUGAGAUUUUCGAGAAGGCGCUGUGUAAGAACAAGGGCGGAGAUGGCUUCUGCGUGGGAGACAAACUCUCGAUCGCUGAUAUUCAACUGUUUCAUGUGCUGGGCUGGGUAUCUGAGCAGAAGGAGGUACUCGCCACAUUCUCGAAAUGUCUCGCGUUCUUCGGUCGCAUUAAGGAGAUCCCACGCAUCAAGGAAUGGCUCGAGAAGAGACCAGUUACCACUAUAUAGUGCAGUCAAUGUUCCUAGUUCACUUAUAAAUGCAUCAAUAAGCGUCAGCCUUCCUUCACAUGGACACAUCAACCACCACGCACAAGCAUUUUAGGUUGCAGAUAAAGCUUCUCCUCAGUUCCAAAAAGUGGAUACGAUUGCCACUUUGUGAACGCAAGAAACAUUCUUAGUUUGAAGGAUUUUCUUAUGGACGAUGUUUUGAAUAUUGCGCCUAUUUUCCCAGUUAUUUGCCUAUCGUCACCUUUGACAUGUUCUUUCGCUAACUUUAACUUGCGCGCGCGCUGAGACAACCCCGCGUCGUGAGUUGCGAUGACGUAACAUGCGCUUCAGCCAUUUUCGAUUUGUCAGGGAAGGUCUUCGCGGACUUCGUCCCUCUUUUUUGUGGGUUUUUGGCUCACCGUAGGGGAGUCUAUACAAUACCGCAGUGUCCGUCGUCCGUCGUCGUCCGUCGUCGUCGUCGUCGUCGUCGUCGUCGUCGUCGUCGUCGUCGUCCGUCGUAUCCUAGUUCAAAAACAGUGGCACGUUUCUUAACCGCUAGGCCUAUGAACUUAAAACUUUGUACACAUGACCCCCUAGGUCAGAUGACCCGUGACACUAAAUUUCUCUCCGAUCUGAUUCUCUACUUGGCCACCAGGGGGCCAAAUGUGGAUAUCUAAAAAGUGUGAUAUCUCGCUUAUUAGUGACUUGUUUUCGAUGAAACUUUUGUUGUAGGUACUCAUAGCAAAUAUACAUCUUAUAUCAUACGGGUUUUUAAUUUGACCUACUUUUCAAGGUCACAGAGGUCAUAUGGCGUAAAUUGGCCGUUAGAGUGUAAACUAUGGCACGUUUCUUAACCACUAAAGCUAUGAACUUGAAACUUGGUACAUAUAACCCCCUAUAUCACAUAGCCUCUGGUGCUGAAUUUCAGUUUGAUCUGAUUCUCAACUUUGCCACCAGGGGGCCAAAUGUGGAUAUCUAAAAAGUGUGAUAUCUCGCUUAUAAGUGACUUGUUUUCGAUAAAAUUUUUAUGGUAGGUACCAUUAGGAAGAAUACAUCACAUAUCUUACGGGUUUUCAAUUUGACCUACUUUUCAAGGUCACAGAGGUCAUAUGGCGUAAAUUGGCCGUUAGAGUGUAAACUAUGGCACGUUUCUUAACCACUAAAGCUAUGAACUUGAAACUUGGUACAUAUAACCCCCUAUAUCACAUAGCCUCUGGUGCUGAAUUUCAGUUUGAUCUGAUACUCAACUUUGCCACCAGGGGGCCAAAAGUGGAAAUCUAAAAAGUGUGAUAUCUCGCUUAUAAGUGACUUGUUUUCGAUAAAAUUUUUAUGGUAGGUACCCUUAGGAAGAAUACAUCACAUAUCUUACGGGUUUUCAAUUUGACCUACUUUUCAAGGUCACAGAGGUCAUAUGGCGUAAAUUGGCCGUUAGAGUGUAAACUAUGGCACGUUUCUUAACCAGUACAGCUAUGAACUUGAAACUUGGUGCAUAUAACCCCCUACAUCAGAUAACCUCUGAUGCCAAAUUUUGGCUCGAUCUGAUUCUUUAUUCGGCCACCAGGGGGCCAUAAUGGAAAAAGUAAGAAGUGCAAUAUCUUGCUUAUUUUUAGUGAUUCGUUUUCAAUAACAUUUUUAUGGUAGGUUCUCCUAGCAAGGAUACAUCACAUAUCAUAUGAGUUUUUGAUCUGACCUGCUUUUCAAGGUCACAGAGGUCAAAUGGCGUAAAUUUGUCGUUUGAUUGUAACUAUGGCACGUUUCUUAACCACUAAAGCUUUGAACUUGAAAUUUGAUACACAUGACUCCCUACGUCAUGUAGCCUCGGACACCGAAUUUCGAUCUGAUCUGGUACUCAACUCGGCCACCAGGAGGCCAAAACUAAAAUAGGUAAAAAGUGCAAUAUCUCGUUUAUUAUUGACUUGUUUUUGAUGAUAUUCUUAUGGUACUUACUCCAAGCAACGAUACAUCACAUGUCAUACCGACUUUGGUUUGACCUAUAUACUAUACAUGUUCAAUGUUUCUUAAUCUGGAUGAAUUACAAAGCACCAAAUAUCUAUACGGUGAGCACAAUGGCCCCUGGCCGUUUCAUUUGUAACUCUUUAUGGUUUGAAUCGGGAGGUUUCAAGAUUCAGGUAAAAGCAAAAUAUGUACAGAAACCCCUAGCCCACUGUCAUUCAGAAUAGUUAAAGGUGUACAUCAAAAUCAAGGUUUGAUUGUCCGUUGUCUUGAAUGCUUCGCCAGAAGUUUCGAUGAGUGUGCGCCUCGUGCGAUGCGUACAUCUAUGCAUUGAGCAUGCACUCUGUGUAUAGGAGCAACGUCUCCCAGCGAUUUUACAGUACCAAUAUCAUUAUGUCAUGUACUAAGUUGUGAGAAUAUUUAGGACUGCUUUCAAUGAUCUGUGUGACAGUAAUAUGUAGGUUUUAGUUCUCCGUGUAAGACCAUGUUGUAGGAAAGACAAAUUUGAGGACAUUUGUAUACUACAAGUAUGGUUGUGAUGUACUGUUUCUGAUUGUGACACAUGUUUGUACUAUUUCAGAAAACCCCAUGUUAUGGUGUUAAAAGAAGAUUAGAAAUCGA